AUGUACAAUAAUCGCUACAAUUUAGAGAUUUCUAAUUCGCAAAGAAACGCGCGCAUAUCCAAGCUGGUGCCUGGCAGGUGGGAACAUGUGCUUGAAGAGUUUUUCCGUCGUUGCGGCGCCGUACCUUUCUCGUUCUCGGCUUUUUCAGAAGCCAGAAUCUACGUGCGCGGAUGGGAUUCGCAGGCGCGUCACGAGUUGUUUACUGUUUACGACAUGUCGGUUGGGUGGGCGACCGGAACGCAAAGGUCAUUGAGAAGAGGUGCGGGGUGGUGCCUGCAAGAAGCGAAAAGAGAAAAACAACCCGAACGACCGUCGUCGUCGUCGUCAACGAAUGAGUCGGUGGCGACACACGCUCGAUCGAUAGCAGACGGCGACGGCUGGCGGGAAAACGGGAGUAGUCGCGCCGCGGUGGUGCCUGGUACGACAUGGCACGACGCAGAUGACCGACCGACCGACCGACCAACAACGGGAGAAGAACUAUCGACGCAAUAG